AUGGUAGGACAGUGGUAUGAGCCCGGACAGGAGUACACUGUGGAACUAACUAACAAGUUGCCCUUCGUUACCUUCCACGACUUCCUACUCUGGCUGAGUCCGAAAGACCUAAAGGUAUUUAAGAAGCAAGAGGAGGAAAAGGAGGAGAACUUAACGGAAGGCUCUACAAAGGUUUGUGUUUUUUGUGAAUUUUUGGUGACAGAACGUUUUAUUAUUUUGUAUGCGAGCGCUUCAGCUGAAUGUACGUUGACACAGAUAAAAUAA